GCUCUUCAACAGUCCGUGUGCAUGAAGUAAAACUAGUCUGAAAACAAGACGUGCAACAAGUGACUUUGACCAGCUGAGAGGAGAUGGUGCUUUCUCUUUGUGUCAUAGCUUUUUAUAGAGCUUGAUCAACAAAUCAACGAUAAACGACAGACAGCGGGGUGAGCCUUAUCCACAAAGAGGGAUUUGGUUGUUUCAGUGUUCCUGAUGGAGUCUUACAGAGUUAGCGGCAUGCCAAACACUGGACUAUCUCAAGGCUAUACGCAGCCUUCCCGCACAAGAGGCCAGAGCAAUGGGACGUACGGCCUCAGUAUCAGAGUUCAAGGCAUAGAUGGACACCCCUAUGUGGUCCUCAAUAAUCAGGACAGAGGUCCGAACCCCUAUGCGGACCCUCAAAACAAUAAUGGAUAUAUGGAUUCUGAAAGACCAAACAAUUAUGAGGAAUAUGAUUUCAAAGGAACCAGGAAGAAUCUUUCCGAAGGCCCAUAUGUGGAUUUUAUGUCUCCGAAGCUUCAUGGAGGUCCUCACAAUGGGACUUCUGAUCCUAAGAAGCAAUCCAGUCUUUUAAACUUCCAGAAGCAUCCAGAGAUUCUCAAGCCGUAUGAUCCUGAGAGCAAUACUCUUGAUAGCUUUCGAAGUUUACCUGUAGUUGAGACCCGAAACCCCUACCCAGGAUCCCUACCCAGAGCCAACUCCCCAAUUGUGAGCCAAGCCAGAUCCUCCAGCCUAGUUCCAGAACCAUCUUUUCUAGAUGACAAGGGACACGCCCAACCUCAGGUUCGUCCCCAGACACUCCCGUUCAAUGUCCAACCUCAAACAGGUCCGACCAAAGAGCAUGUUCUGGCCCAGCCUCAGGUCAAACCCCAAGUUCAAGCGCAACCUCAGGUCAAGCCUUCUUUUAAGACUCCAGUGCCCUACCAGAGUCUGUCUCAACCCUCACAACGCCUUCCAGUUCCUCAGGCAUCUACAGAAGCCAGUAACCCCAAUGACCAGACCAAGGUCUCUUCUAGACCGCCCAGUUCAGUUAGUAGCACCAACUCCAGUCUGGAACGAAGUCGACGUGAGCCAGAUGUGUUGCCCUUGCGGCGUAUUGACUCCAGUGGCCCGGUGCUACAGUCUUCCUUCUCCCGUGACUCCUCUGUUGACUCUACAACACCAACAAAGGAAGACCAGUUGGACCAGCUUUAUGCAGAGACUAUCAACCGCCAUGAGAACCGGCGCUACAUCCCUUUCUUGCCUGGCACAGGGCGUGACAUUGAUACUGGUUCCAUCCCAGGUGUGGAUGAGCUUAUCAAGAAGUUUGACAGCAAAGAGACUCAACAACGCAGGGGGCGGUCAGGGCGGAGGAAUCGACUAAACCCAGAAGACCGCAAACGUUCCCGUAGUGUUGAUAGUGCCUUGCCAUUUGGUCUUGGGGGUGACACUGACUACUUGGAUGAGGUUAGCAAGAAUCGGGGCAGAUCUACAGAGCAUCUUCUUCGCCCAUCACUGCUCCUGCAGAAGGGUGCUGGAGUGAAGACCUCCCCAAUGUCGCCAACUUCCACUACUGGACCCAGGAUAAGCCUAAGAAAUGCAACACAAGUCAAAAGUGCUCCUGGCUCUCCUCAGGGGACAGUCUCCAACUCUUCAGCUGCUAUUUUGGGGUACAAGAAUCCUCAGAGUCAUCCCUCUGUAGCACCUGUAGAGAACAAAAAUGAAGAGGCCAAAACGUCACAGACUAUGAGGUGCAUGUCAAGUCUAAAAACAGGAUCAAUUUCUCGUCCUACUGUCAACCGUAAAACGACGAGCACUGAAGUGGAUGCCCAGGUGACACCUGAUCUUCUGAAAGGUCAACAAGAGCUUUCACAACAAACAAAUGAAGAGACUGCUAAGCAGAUAUUAUUCAGUUACCUCAAAGAUGGGAGCAAUGAUAACGAUGACACUACCAAGAGGAAGGUCAACCUGGUGUUCGAAAAAAUCCAGACCUUGAAGUCACGGGCUGCUGGAAACGUGCAAGGCGACAACAAAGCUCCAGACCUGGCAGCCCAGGCUAGAACCCUUCAGGAGCAGAAAACCGAACUGGAAAAAGAAAUUGCUGAUCUUAAGAAACAGCUUGAGAAUGAAAGCAAGAAGCGCACUGAUCUGAGCGAGACUCAGCUGAAGGCGGGAGCAGGAAUGAAAAAUUUGAGGAGAGAGCUGGAACAGAGUCAAGCCGAGUGCAGCAGACUACGGGACAAGCUUAGUAAAACAGAGGCUGACCUGCGCACUACAGUGGAUGAACUCUACCAGGUAAAAAUGGAGAAAGAGCAGUACCAGACUGAGAUCCGAGACCUGCAGGACCAGCUCUCCGAGAUGCACGAUGAACUGGACGGAGCCAAGCAAUCUCAAACAGACAGCACAGACAAAGAGGCCAUGAUGGAGGACUUUAUGCAAUUGAAACUUGACCUCCAGGAUCUGCUUCUUGCCAAAGAGGAGCAGGAGGAUCUGCUGAGGAGGCGUGAGAGAGAGCUGACCGCCCUUAAAGGAGCUCUGAAAGAGGAGGUGGCAACUCACGAUCAGGAGGUGGAUAAACUUAGGGAGCAGUAUGAAAAGGAGAUCCGUAAGCUGCAAACGGUUGUGGAGGAAGCCAAACAGAACAAUGUCACAGCCAAUAAGGAGAAGGAGGAAGUGGAGGCAGCAAAGAAGGUAUCCGAAGGCCAGGCAGGCCGACUGUCUCAGGAGGUCGAGAGACUCCGCAAGAGGGCACAUGAACUGGAGAACGAAGUGGCCAAACUCAACCGCAUCAUCGAUGAAGCCAAGCUGCAGGAGAGCAGGCUGGGGGAGCGAGCUGGCCGUCUGGAGAAAGAGAAAAGGCAGUUGGAGGAGUCUCUCGCUGAGGUCAGGGAACAGGAAGAGGAAAUGACCCGUGCAAACCACGCGCUUACCACUCGCCUAGAGGAUGUGCAGAGAAACUUAACCAAAAUGACUCAAGAGCACCAUGAGCUGCAGGACCGACUAAAGGAGGAGAAAAGUCAGAAAGAGCAGUUUAAAAACACCAAGAAUGAGAUUGAAGAUGAGAGGAGGCUGCUGGACCGAACUGUGGAGAAACUCCAACGGGAGAUGAAUGAGAUAGUGGAGGCAUCUCAGAGCUCAACUCAGGAGCUGCAGGAGCAGAUAGACAUGUAUAAGGAGAAGAACCGGAGGGAGAUGGCGGAGCUGCAGAAACAGCUGAGAGAGGGAGGACUGGAGCUGGAGAAAUCCCGUCUUACUGCCAAGACCCUUCAGGAGGAGCUGGCUCAUGUGCAGGAGGAUCUGCGGCAGUGUCAGACAGACAGAGAUGAAGCGCUGGAGAGAGUGAAGGACCUGGAGCAGAAGGUUUACGAACUAGAGGUCGAGGCCGAGACCAAAGCCCACUCAAACGACAAAACCAGACAAGUUAAAGUCUUGGAGGACCGUCUGUCUGCGGUACAGGUUGAGCUGGAGGAGGAGAGACAGAGUGGAGACAUGCUGAUGGAGAGAAUAGACAGAGGAAGAGAACAGUUGGAACAGAUGAGGAAUGAGCUGAUGCAGGAGAGAGCCAGCAGACAGGAUGUGGAGUGUGACAAAAUCUCCCUGGAGAGACAGAAUAAGGAUCUGAAGAGCAGGAUUGCUUAUCUGGAGGGAUCUCACAAGCCUAGUAAAGAGGGAUUGGUGGCCCAGCUGGAGAACCGCAUCCAGGAACUGGAGGAAAGACUAGAAGGAGAGGAGAGGGAACGAGCUAACUUGCAGCUGGCGAAUCGUCGGCUAGAGCGUAAAGUGAAGGAGAUGAUGAUGCAAGUAGAUGAAGAGCAUCAUUCACUGCAGGAUCAGAAAGAUCAGUUGAACUUGCGCCUGAAGGCUCUGAAGAGGCAGAUGGAUGAGGCGGAGGAAGAGAUCGACCGCCUGGAACACAACAAGAAGAAACUGCAGAGAGACUUGGAGGAGCAGCAGGAGGCCAACGAACAACUCCAGAGUCAGCUCAAAGCACUGCGCAGUGAGAUGAGGCGUAAGAACAACUCUGCACCAGUCCUGAACGCCGAUGAUGAUGAUGACGACGACGACGAUGAUAUCAGCACUGAUGGCGAGACCUACUUCAGCUCUUCAUCUGGCUACAAGCGUUCCAGCAGUCCUGCCUUCAUCUCCAAUUUCUCUCGGUGAAAACACGAUUGAAAAACUGGGAAGGAAAUAUAAAGAAAGAUGGAAAAAUAUAUUUGUGCUCUGUUAUAAACUCUUUGCCACAAUUUCAUGUAACCAUGAGCCCAAUCCCAAUGCCUUUUCCCCAUGAUUAUAUAUUUUUGCUAGAUUUUUGUACAAGUAAUCUUUUAUGUGUUCAACCCUAUUGGAAGUUGUAUAGCACUGUAUAUCUGUGUUAAAUACAAUGUUUCUCAAGUUUUAGUUUUUUUUUUACUGUUAAACGUCUUCACAGUUCCACUGAAUACACUGACAUAAACAGCCUUUUAAUGUUGCAAAAAUGCCAUUUGUUAUUUAACUAUCCGGAAUGUGAAGGACUGACAGAUCUUUUUCAAGGAAAUUCAUACAAUACAUAGUAAGGGAAGUAUGUAUGAGGGAAUUUUUAUACAUAAAAACAUACAGUUAUGGCCAACAGUUUUUUUUUUUUAUGAACAUGCAGAUAUGUUAUUUUUCUAUUCAUAUGAAGCUGCUUUCACUUCUGUAAAUUUUCAAUUCAUUUUCAACAUUAUUCCAGACAUAAGCGCCUUGAAAAUGUGCAGAGGUGCUCUGUUGCAACUGGCUGCACCAAUCCAUACACCUGAAAUGUUACAUUGUGCUAAAACAUUUAUGUUUCCAGGAGUUAUCAUUCCUUUCUGAAACACAAAACAGUGUUAUGAAUCAAAUCGUAUGAGCCUGUUGUAUUAUAGAAAUCAUUUAGAACUGGUUUCACUAAACCUUUAUGCCACUAAUGGGAUGCUGCCAUGUACCUGCUCAAAUGUGAAAGCAUCUGUGUGCCUGUUGUUUGAGAGGUGGAAGAGAUGUCCUUCCUUAUGCAAACAUUGUAUAUUACUGUUCUGACAAUCACCCUUUGGAGAACACUGUGAUGAUUUGCACUGUAUGUUGAAGUGAACUCUUUGUGUGUCUGGUGCUUAAAUGUUGUUUAAUGGAACAAAAAGCACUAUUAUUAGACAUUAGUGCAUCUUUUUUAAGGUUCAAAAAUGAAUCCUGCUUCUACCUCUUUGUAAACAUCUACAUUUAAAAAAAACAAAUAAACUCCACAGUUAUUCCCAUGA